UGUCCUUUGUGCUCCCCACGAUGAAUAUCAACUGGUCACUCCCCUCUUGUCCCUUCGCAUUUGCCCUCUCCAUUUUCUCUUCCUUUGCUUGCAGGUCUUUCGAUCAGUAUUGGUGCUUUGAUCUAUGAGAAUUCUCUGACAAUUUAGCAGGUUAGUUGGUUUUUCUCAAGCGUUGCUAGGAACCAUAGGCAGACCGUGCCAGUUUGGACUGCAUGUCCAUAAUUAACUCAAAGAAAACUCAUGGAUUACGGUGAAGAAUUUUGGGAAAGCAGCGGAAACUCCGCACAGGAUGAUCUGCCGUUCCUCAGUCUGUCAUCAACCGAGACUCCGCAAAUCAACCACUUCACUGGACGUAUGGAACAUGGAUCACCUUCAAGGAGGCCUCAAUCUCACACAGAGGCAAUUCACCCCAAUCCCAACCUUGCUCAGGGAAGCGUCUCCUCCGGCAUUAUCAAUCCGCCAAUAUAUCCUCCAUCGACUGUUGAGCCAAUUAUGUCAUCACAAAGCAUGUUUCAGCCUGCUGAUGGUCAGAUGAUGGGGAUGGGAACUACAAUGGGAGGAUCUGUUAGAAUGGACCAAUUCCAACAAGGCUCUUUGCUCUACAAUAGCCAAAAUAAUCCUCAGCAGCUUCGGGCUCUUGCUCAACCUGGGCCAAUGAGUUAUGCAUAUCCAGAAGCUGGAAGUUCUGCGCUGCCCCGGCCUACUGCACCUUCAAUGCCUUUGCACGUGACUGGGCCUCGUGGGUUCAAUCAAACACCAGAAGCUCCAAUGAAUACGAUCAAUUUCUUGGACCGUGACAUGCCAACACUAGAGCAUAGGCCAACCGAAAGGAACAAGAUGCCCUUCAUGAACUCAUUUGGGUCAGCGAAUCAAGGUGUGACACCAAAUGGCUCAUUCCUAAGCCCUGAGAUAUACGAUGAUCGAAAUCAAUUUUCCAACUCAAGUAUAAUGCAAAUUAAUACUGGGAAUCGUGACAUUGCAACAAGCAAUUAUUAUCAGCUCGUUUCUCCAAAUAAUAACAGGCUCGAAGAAGGGGUCCGUGCUUAUGGCCGACUCGAAGUGGGAGAUGCUCACACUUGGCUGGAUCUUGGACAGGCAGAGACAACUUCACAGCGUCAAGCAUCACUGGAGGCCGCCUCAUCUUCUCGUGCUUCAUGGUCGACCCAGAACAGGAGGCCGAUCAUGAAUGCUGUCUACGACCCGAUUUAUGAACAGAUGGGCUUACCUAUUGAUCCUCAUCUGAGGCUAUUCCUUGCCAAGCAAGCCCGUGAUCAGGCCAACAAAUCGGAAAAUCACAGGAGGAUGUGAUGAAGUGAAGGAAUUAAGAACUGCAUUGGUCCGUGCUUAUUUGCUUUGAAUCAUGGUGUUGUUGCUGAUUUCCUGAGCCAUAGAACUUCUUCGCAAUUUACUUACUAUUAUAAAACUUACCCUCUCAUUUUCGUGUAGUUUGAAUGACUGGCCGGUGGACAUUCAGUUCCUAGCUAGUAUCAAGUACAUGUACUUGGAUAUCUCGUUUCCGGUGCACAUUCAGUUCCUAGCUAGUAUCAAGUACAUGUACUUGUAUAUCUCGUUUAGAACUUCUAUUACAUAUGAGAAACAUAUAAUUAUUGA